AUGGCGUUGGAGAGGGUGUCUCCUGUUGGGGAUGCACUGGCUGAGGAAUUACAACUGCAGGAAGUCAUUCUGUUCUCUGCCUUCCAAGAAAUGGUCAUACAGGACACAUCAGUUGAUUCCCUGCUCGACGAUUUGUUCAUGCAAGAUCACAUGACAGAAGCAUCAGAAAGGCCCUCCACCUCUGCUGAUGCAGGGCAAUCAUCAUCGUCGAUUCCACCACCGGGUGAUGAAUUCUACUGCCCGAUUUGCAUGGAAAGCAUGCCCAGCAGUCGCAAGUUCGGCGUCAGCUCAUGUGGCCACAACUUCUGCCUGACCUGCAUCGGCCAGUAUAUCGCUACCAAGAUCGGUGAGAACGUUGUCCACGUCAAAUGCCCCGAGCCCAGCUGCGGAGACGGCACGAUCGAGCUGGCGGACUGCUGCGGCGUCAUCCCCUCGGAGCUGUUUAGCAGGUGGGAUGUUGCGCUGUGCGAGCUGACGCUCGGCGAGCAGAGGCUCUACUGCCCGUUCAGAGACUGCUCCGCAGGGCUUGUAGUCGAGGACGGCAACGGCAACGGUGCCAUCGUGGAAGCCGAGUGCCCGCACUGCCACCGGCUGUUCUGCGCCCAGUGCAUGGUGCCAUGGCACGACGGCAUCGGCUGCGAGGAGUUUCAGGGGCUCAGGGAAGACGAGCGGGGCCGGGAGGACGUGAUGGUGAGGCGGCUCGCUGGCGAACAGAGGUGGCAGCGGUGCCCCCAGUGCAGGAUGUACGUGGAGAAGUCUGAGGGAUGUAUGUUUAUCAAGUGCAGGUUCUAUGCUACACCAAGAACCAAGCUGAUCAUGGUCCCCGACUCCCCAUGA